AUGCUGGGGACCAUCCUGCUGCUGCUGGCACUGGCCAAGCCGACGUGCCCAAGCCCAGCUGGAGCAGAGAGCCAGAGAGCUGAGGCGCUGAAGAGGCUCCUGGAAGUCUUUGGCAUGGAAGACCCUCCACCCCCCCCGGCUCAUGUCAAGCAGCCGCCCCAGUACAUGGUGGAUCUAUUCAACACCAUUGCCAAUGCGGAUGGUGUCACCAAGAAUCCCGAUAUCCUGGAGGGCAACACGGUCCGCAGCUUCUUGGAUAAGACCCAGAGCGAGGAGAUGCGGUUCCUCUUCGUCCUCUCCAGCGUGGCCAAGAGCGAGAAGAUCCUGACGGCAGAGCUGCACCUCUUCCGCCUCUGGCCCAGGGUCACUGACGUGCCCAAAAAGCACCACUUGUGCCAGGUCAGUGUCUACCAAGUGCUGGAGAGGAGCGAGGUGGCCGCGCCGGGGAGCAGGAAGCUGCUGGCAGCCAGGCUGGUCCCGCUGCAGGGCUCAGGCUGGGAGGUCUUUGCCAUCACCCAGGCUGUUCGCGACUGGACUGAAGAUGAAAGCAGCAACCAGGGUUUGCUGGUGACAGUGCAGGGGCUGGGGGGGAGCCCCUUUGAGCCCCCUCCGCUGCAGUUCGCAUCUGGCAGGGACCACCAUGAGAGCAAGAGGCCCAUGUUGGUCCUGUUUACGGAUGAUGGGCGCCGGGGAGCAUCUCCCUCCAUGGCCGGCUUCCCAGAUUUCCAGCCUCAGGCCCCCGUUGUCCCCGCCAAGCUGUCGGUGCCGCGCAGCACGCGCUCGCUGGACCGGCUCCAGCCCUGCCAGAGGCAUCCCUUGUCUGUGGACUUCGAGGAGAUCGGCUGGUCAGGCUGGAUCAUCUCACCACGAGGGUACAAUGCUUACCACUGCAAAGGCUCCUGCCCCUUCCCACUGGGCGAGAACAUGCGGCCGACCAACCAUGCCACGGUGCAGUCCAUCAUCAAUGCCCUCAAGCUGAGUGAGGGGGUCAGCAGCCCCUGCUGCGUGCCCGACAAGCUCUACUCCAUCAACCUCCUCUACUUCGAUGACGAUGAGAACGUGGUCCUCAAGCAGUACGAUGACAUGGUGGCCGGGAGCUGCGGCUGCCACUGA